AUGGCGGCGGCUAAUCUAUUUGUGCUGUUUGCACACAGGAUUGCCCCUGAUAACAAGCGAUCAGAGAGUAUGUGGAUCGCUAGAAGGUAUGGAAUCCCCAAGUCAGUUUGCCAGUGGGAGUCAUAUGAAGGUGUAGGUAGAGUGAGGGUGUCGUCUAACAGUAUAUUUGUUAUGGACAGUGAUCCUCUAGGUGUUAUUCCCCAAGGCAGAGUUUUUCAAAUUCUGUCAAUUCCCUCAAUAAAUCCUGUCUAUGAGGCAAGUAAACGAUAUCAUUGGGCUUGUAUCUGGAGAAUACGAUUCGCUCGGGAUAAGUCCCUUAUGAGAUUCCGCAUUUAUCGGUAUUGGUAUCAUAGGUUCGUCACUGGAGGCUCCUCCAUUAAUUAUUGUGUUAGGCGGGUUGGUGGAGUCUUACCCCUUGGGUUCCAGAUAUCUGUUAGCAGCUCCUCAUCUGUGUUUGUCAAACAAUUCAUCAAUCAGACAUGGAUAAUGAGAUAUGGAAGUUAUGUUCCACAAAAUACCCUGAUGCUUCUUUGGUCCUCUGCAGUUUCAGUAUACAGCAUAGGGGGACUGCUGGGGUCUCUACUGUGUGGAUUUCUUACUGGAAAAUAUGGGAAGACAAAAUGUCAGAGAUUUGUUAACUGUAUGGGUAUCACAGCCUCUCUUAUUCUUGGAUUCAGCAAGAUGGCCACAUCUUAUGAGAUGAUUGUGAUUGGCCGCUUCUUCUAUGGGAUCACUACAGGGAUGGGAUUGAACAUAUACAUGCAGUAUCUAGGUGAGAUCUCUCCAGGGAGCAUUCGUGGAUUCAUCAAUACCACAGCAGCAAUAUUUGCUACCUCUGGAAAACUGUGGGGACAAAUUGUAGGACUGAGUGAGGUUCUGGGAACUGAGAAACUGUGGCCCCUGAUGUUGUCAGUCACUGGAUUUACAUAUCUACUGCAGUUGGUUGUUAUGCCUUUCUACCCAGAGACGCCCGCAGAUCUCCUGUUGGCUAAAAGAGACAAGGAACAAUGUUUGCAAGCCAUGAAGAAGCUCUGGGGGGAUGGAGACUACCAAGCUGAAAUUGAUGACCUUAUCGCUGAACAAGAAACCUGCAAAAACAGAAGGAACAUGAGCGUCCUGGAGGUUGUGCGGGAGCCCUCCAUGCGUUGGCAGCUGUACGUCUUGGUAUGCUGUAUUCUCACGCUACAGCUGUGUGGGAUAAAUGCAAUCUAUUACUAUGCAACAAGUGUAUUUCUCACAGCCGGCCUGCCUACGGCGCAGAUUCCUUACAUAUCUUUGGGGAUGGGGAGCUGCGAGAUUCUGGCUGUUAUCUUGUGUAGCCUGCUUAUAGAGCACUAUGGGAGGAAGGUUCUUCUGCUGGGAAGCUAUGCUUUCAUGGCUGGCAUGUUGGCUUUUCUAACGGUCUCUUUGUCACUGCAGGGCUGGUAUGACUGGAUUCCAUAUUGCAGUGCUGUUUUCAUUUUCUUGUUCAUCUUCUUCUUUGGCAUGGGCCCAGGAACAAUCACUCUAGUUAUGCUCAUAGAGAUAUGCAAACACUCGUCUCGUGCUGCAGUUUUUGUCAUCUUCAGCAGCCUCAACUGGUUUGGUCUCUAUGUCAUCGGACUGGCAUUUCCUUAUGUGGUGGCUGGCUUAGGUCACUUCUGCGUCCUCAUCUUCCUCGUCUGCAUUGUAGCUUCUGGAAUAUUCCUGCUCAUCUUCCUCCCAGAGACAAAGGGAAAAUCAAUAGCACAAAUCACAGAAGAAUUCAACAAGUUAAAUUAUAGAGGGAAACUUGUCCAGGAAUCAGAGGAGGUUCCAACCAAAGAAAGCCUGGAAGAUACAAGUUUUUAAAGCACUUUGGGGGGGGGGGGGAUUCACUAAACUCUCUAUCCAAGUUCAUCAGAUCAGAUGUAAGAAUAUGCAGUUGAUUUAUUAAAGAUCGGACAGCUGUAGGUUUUUAGUAGGUGGCAUUCCAUAUCUUCCCAGCUAGAGGGAGCUGUGGGAGCAAUUUCUCUUGCAAAAGAAAGGAGAAAUGUGCUUUAUAAUUUGUGACUUUUUUUUCAUUUAAAAUAUGAUGUUCAAAUAUGAAUAAACACAACAGUGUUUGGAGAAUAAUGUUUCAGAGUGAAAAUAGUAACAAUGCAGCUGAGUGUGCUAAACAUAUCUACAUCUUUAUGUAAAACUGGCUACACAGACCAAUUUAUUUUUACAUUGUAGUUGCUGAAUAAAUGUAGCCAUUUUCUAGCAUGUAGAGCUUUCAAAUUAGGCUAAUUAGAAAGCCAUACAAAUAAACUGGCCUCACAGGUUUGCUGAGUUAUAAUCUUGUGCUACAAUUAUUCAGACACUAUUACUAUAGUUAUUUAUUAGGAUUGUUGGCUUGGUUCUUAUACCUUUCCCCCAGUCAGCCCACAUGAAAACAAGGAUUAUGGGUUAAUAAUGAACACCAGACUAACUGGUAUUGAUACUGUACCAAGUUACUUACUAGGGUCUAUAAACCUUUUGGAUUCUCAUUCUCCUUGGUCCCUUGCUAAAUGAGUAAGGCCUCAUGUGCACACAUUUCAAUACAUCAGAAUUCCUGUGCAAAAAGAUCAGAACACAAACCUGACAAUGUUUUGUGUUUUUUCUAAGUCAUUCUAAUCCAUCUGUUUGAAUAUAAAUCUCAUAACUAAAAAAGUGAUUUGAGCAAUGUUUUUAACUUUUUUUUUAUUAAAGGGACAGUCUACUCCAGAAUUUCUAUUGUUUAAAAAGAUAAAUCAUCUCUUUAUUAGCCAUUCCCUCUGUAUUUAACUAAUAUCUCAGCCUGUGCAGCUUGCCCCCUUAUCUCGUUUUUUUGGACAGGCUUGUAUUUUUGUCAAUCAGUGCUGACUCAUAAAUAACUCCACAGAAAAGAGCACAGUUAUCUAUUUGACACACAUGAACUAUCACUGUUUAGCUGUGAAUAACUGUCAAAAUGCAUUGAGAUAAGAGGUGGCCUUCAAGGGCUUAGCAAUUAGCAUAUGAGCCUACUUAGGUUUAACUUUCAACAAAUAAUACCAAGAGAACAAAGCAAAUUUGAUGAGAAAAGUAAAUCGGAAAGUUGUUUAAAAUUGCAUGCCCUAUCUGAAUCAUGAAAGUUUAUUUUUGACUAGACUGUCCCUUCAAAUGAAAGAUUUUAUUUAUUAAUGUUAACUAAGCAUACACAAAAAAAUGUGAACCAACAAGAUGUGUAAUUUGAAACAGGCCAAUAGGUUUCCUUGUUUAUUUGUUAUAUGCAGUUUUACUGUGAGAUAAAUGCAUUUGAAAAGCUUAUGAUAAAUAUAAAUGUGUUUUUAAAAUAAAAUGGAAAGGUUUUGAAUAUGAAACACCAGCAUAAUCCAGUGGAGUUUCUAAUUCUUU